UCUGCUCCACGCCCCUGCCCUCUACCCAAGCAUUGGGAUAUGUAGGAAAUAUCCGUGGAGAGAUGGGCUGAAACUCCUCUCGGUUCAUCCUAAAAGAUCUCUCAAGCGACCUAUAGGAUUUCCGAAAGAACAUAAAUAUCAUACAGUGGAAUGAGCAGGCUGAGGUGGGGAGAUGCCUUACGUGGAUCGGCAGAACCGGAUCUGUGGCUUCCUGGACAUUGAGGAGAAUGAGAACAGCGGCAAGUUCCUCCGACGCUACUUCAUCCUGGACACCAAGGAGGGUAGCCUGGUGUGGUACAUGGACAACCCACAGAACCUGCCCAAAGGAGCUGAAAAUGUUGGCUCCCUCAAACUCACCUACAUCUCCAAGGUGAGUGAUGCCACAAAGCUGCGACCAAAGGCGGAGUUCUGCUUCGUCAUCAAUGCUGGUAUGAGGAAGUUCUACCUCCAGGCCAAUGAUCAGCAGGAUCUGGUAGAGUGGGUCAACGUGCUCAAUAACGCCACCAAGAUCACAGUGCCAAAGUCGGGGGAUGGCCAGCCCAGUGCAGAGAUGACCCAGGAGGGGCUGGGUGCCACAAAGCAGAUCUCCUAUAAGACAGAGAUCAUAGGUGGAGUACCCAUCAUCACUGCCACACAGGAGCAGGGCGACGGAGGGCAGAACGGAGCAGAGCGGGGGGGCCAGCGGAAGGCCCACUGCCAGCUGCCCUACUUCCUGGGGCGAGGGGCGCAGGACCAGGCGCUCAUCAAGGCUGGAUACUGUGUGAAGCAGGGAGCCGUGAUGAAGAACUGGAAGAGGAGAUACUUCUUACUGGAGGAGAACGCAGUCAGUUACUUUAAGUCAGACCUGGAGAGGGAGCCUCUGCGUGUGAUCCCGCUGAAAGAGGUUCACAAAGUUCAGGAGUGCAAACAGAGUGACUUAAUGCAGAGGGACAAUCUAUUUGAAGUCGUCACAAGCUCAAGGACCUUCUACAUGCAGUCGGACAGUCCAGAGGAGAUGCACAGCUGGAUCAAGGCCAUCUCAGGAGCCAUUGUGGCCCAGCGGGGGCCUGGACGCUCAGCUGCCUCUGAGCACAGCGACCACUCUACCACCAGCAUCCCUUCCAGCUUCUACUGCAGCAGCAACCACGGGGGACCCCCCGCCCCUCGCUCGCCAGUCCAGGCAGAGCCACCCUACCCCCAGCCCCAGGGGGGCCCGGGCCCUUACCUGGGACAGCCAGGACUUCAUGGGCCUGCUGCCCUGGCGAGGCCACCCGGGGGCACCACCCCGCUCCCGCCUCUCCCUCCAGGAGACCCCCCGCCUGUCCAAGUGAGCGCCUCAUCCCUGUACCACACCAACGCCGACCGGGAGGACCUGUCGCCAUGGAGACGGCGCAGCGAAGUAGAGGGCGACCAACCGGAAAUCUCCACCCUCAGCUUCGAGGACUCAGACCUGCAUGUCAGCCAGGUGUGAGCCUCUAGUCUAACCCCUGACCUUUGACCCCUAGCCCCUGCCUCAUAAGACACCGCAAGCUCUCACCCAUAACCCCACUCCCCUAUUCCCUCCACCACCUGACCUUCACUCCCCAUGCACAGAACCUGCUCAUUGGAUGUGGAUGCAGGUGGAUUCACACUGACACAAAGCGGACUGGACAGUUAUCACCAACGACAAACGGAAAGCCAAUCAGAAGUUACCAAAAAAUGGAGCUGAAUCAAUCGGAGCCGACCUGGCCCUCAGGAAGACAGGAAGUGGUCCCUGGUUGUGAUUGGUGAUCGUCUACUCUACCCCUGUAUCGAGAGCUUCUCUUAACACAGCCAAUGGCGUGAUGUGUCAGGGCAAGGAGACCUCGUCAGGUGUUUGGUUUUAGUUCAGUCUCUUUUGUUGUUGAUAUUUCUGUUGGGUGUUGCUCUUUCUCUUUUGUUGUUGAUAUUUCUGUUGGGUGUUGCUCUUUCUCUUUCGUUGUUGAUAUUUCUGUUGGGUGUUGCUCUUUCUCUCUUGGUGUUGGCAUUGUGUGGUAUGAUUCAAUAACAUCAUCCCCUGUCCAUUGGCUAAAGAGGUUACUGAUUUGGCUUACUCUGCUGAGAAACUCACUGCUCACGUUUCUCCACCUUCUCCUCCUUCUCCCUGACGUCACGUGAUUUACUGUUAUCAGGGUUGUUGGGCCUAAUUUAAAGAGGCGCUAGGUGUUAUUUUUAUUGACAGUUAUGUAAACUAAAAAUUUGUAACUGUCGACAAUGAGACAACCCCACUCAUACACACAAUGGUGUAGAUUUGUAUGUACUUUUAAGAUGUUAAAUAUAUUUGAUUUUAAGCAGACCAUUUAGUUUUUAUCCAAAGCAUGCCGUUAUGGAAGCACCUGAUGAAAUAUGAAACCAGAAUCUUAAAAAUAACCUGUCGAAAUUCCAUGCGCCAUUCUUGCUUUCAGGUGUUUUUUGGAGUGAGUGGGUCUUGUGUAUAUUUAUGUUUUUAGUCAUCCUUUAGAAAUGCUUUAAGUCCUUAUGUUCUAAUGAAAGUUACACCUGUUGUGUUCGUUCAGACUCUCUCUUUCUCUCUCAAUCAGUCACACACACACACACACUGUCACACCUAUGUGUUUUGCCAAAUGUAAGUCCUGAACUGUAAUGUUAUGUGCCUGUCAACGUGAGCAUGAAUUUGUAUAGUGACUUCUCCCUCAGGAGGAUAGAUAUGCACAGUUACAGUACAUCUAUAGGCCUGUGGGUAGGGCCUUUUAACUGGCACUUUGUGGAUACAAUGUGGGCAGAUAAUCUGCCCGCUACACUUGAUCUGUUUUAUGGGUGUUUCUUCGACAUCCUCUUCUCUUUUCUACUGUAUGAGUACUGUACUACUUUUCUCAAUGCUGUGACGGUUUGUUUGUGUGUCUGUGGGGGAGACAUAGGGUACCUGCGUUGCCAAUAUGGUGGAAGACGGGAGGAGUGUUUGACCUUUGGCCUCAGCUGUGUGCUCUUCCUGUUUUUACUGUGUUGCACAACUCUUACUGUAACAGCUGCUAAAGUGCCUGCGUUCUUUCUAUAGAGGAAAAAAAACAAGAAGCUAUUUUGACCCUUUUAAUUGUGUACCUGAUGUUCUUAAAUCGUGUGCAUUAUUUAUUAAGUGGAGUUUGAAAAUAAAUCAAUGGAUUCAA